CGACGAGCAGUUUGUGUUUUCGCUGCAUCCAGCAGCUUUAGCUGAACUACGCAUUAGGUUUUUGCAGCGUGCGUAAAAGAAAAAUUGUGUAUUAUACUUAAAUUAAAAGAAAGAGCAUAUUAUAAAUUAAACAAUAAUACAUAGAACAGACGAUAGCCGUUAAAUUUAGCUAAAAGCACAAACAAGCAACAGUGCAGACGGAACAGGAACUGUAAAAAAUAAAACGCAUAUUCUCUCGCAUACACUAACAAGAUACACGACACAUAUAAUACGCAGACCCACUCACACACACAUAAGUGCAAUACAAGGGCCGCUCUGGCAAAAAGUUUAGUUUAAUCUGCAUAAAUUUAUUUGUACGCCGCAACAAUAACAAACACGUUAUCUUUUGACGACGUGUUUAGUACAAAUAGAAAACAACAACCAGAGAAUUUCAACUGCUAAACGAACGUAGCAUACUAUAAAUACCAAACAAAGAGAAAAACAAAAUGUCUACGACACCAAAAUCGACAGAAGAUUUGCUGGGUGAAUCUUGGAUCGAAUUGAGCGCAACAGCUGCCAUGGCUGGCAUUAAGAGUCCCGACAGAAUUACACCUCUACCAUUUGCCAGUGGGGAGGAAUAUUUACGUUUGCUGCGCGAGGCGCAGCGCGAAUCAAAUCAGUCCAGUCGCGUCGUGUCUCUGGCCAGUUCGCGUCGCGACACGCCCCACGACAGCCCCAAGAGUCCGCCAAACAGUCCACAAUCGGAGCUGUGCCCGGACGACGAGCUGCGAAAUGUGUAUAUCAAUUAUUGGACUAAGAAUGGCGACAAACAAAACACCGAUAAUGGCGAUUGGUUGCAGAACUGGAAUCGCGGCACCGAUGAACAGCCACCGAAAGAUUGGAAAUUUGAGCGCUCCAAUGGCGAUGAUGAUGAUGAGAAGAAGAAGAGCUCGGGUUACUCUAUACGCUUAAAGCGUCUGGGCGCCAACUCGUUGUUCUCCCGCGAAAUAUUGUACUCAUUGCUGGUCACUAAUGUGCUCUCAUUGCUCCUGGGCGCUGGCUUCGGCCUUUGGCUGAGCAAGCGCGGAAUACUCCUCACCCGCGUGGUCAUUGACUGAAAGACACUAUAAAUAACAUAAACACGACGUUUUAAUCAACAACAAUAUGCACAUCAUAACCAUUUACCGACAGACGUUCCAUUUUGAGUGAAGAAACAGUGUCAACAACCAGCCAAACGUAUUCCAGCCCUCAUAACAUAACGCAACACAAAGAAACAAAUAAUCUAUAGCACAUUAUGUCCAUAAAAUACAUCUAAUGAUAGUAGAGUACAUAAGAUAACUAUGUUAUUUGUAAGCAACAAGCUAACGGCUAGGCAAAGGGAUUCAAACUGAUUUUUCUAUAUACACAUCAAUUUUAUACAGUUUUUAUAUAAGGAAAACAAUAGCUUCAUCAACACGAACUAAACUCAAAAGAAACAGGAGAGCGAUCUAAAGUUUAUUCAAUAUCCUUGCAAAAGAUUUGUCGCUCUUUCAGAGUUUAGACAACUAUACAAUCAUCAUUCGCCAAAAAAAUAUAUAUA